CGGGGCUAUUAGCUAGGUCCGACCAAACCAGCAUUGAGAUGUUUUCUAUUGGAGAACACAUUCUAGCGAUUCAAGGUCAUCCUGAGUACACAAUGGACAUACUCUUCAAUCUUGUAGAAAGACUCAGAAACCAGAAUGAGAUUGAGAGUGAUUUUGUGGAGGACUUAAAGGCUAGAUUGGAGUCUGCUGAACCUGAGAGGGAGGUUUGGAAAAAGAUUUGCAAGAAUUUCCUCAACCGACGAUUGACUCGUGAACCUUUGAAAUUUAUCAUGGUGGAGGAUGUAUGAAGGGUCUCUCUCCACGUUGGGCUUGAUCCCAUUACAAUGCAAAACGAUGUUGUCAUCUAGUGCUAUCCUUGAGUUUGCACGUC